AUGACGAUAGGAUCUACGGUCUCACAAGAAACAAGCGAUAUUGAUCAGCAUCUAACUCAAAUUCUGAAGCGUUUUGAGAGCUUCAAAUUGGCAUAUCUUAAGGAGGAUUAUGGUGCAUGCACUGAGGUGUUGGCUCAAGUCAACGAGAUUCUGACUGACAAGACAUCCAAAAGAGUAAGAGAGAUGACUAAGAGUCUUGAUGAUAAAGAGCAGAAAUCUGAAGAGAAAAAGGAUACUCAAGAGUCUGAAAAAGAUCAAAAGCCUGAAGAUUUUAAGGACUUAGUCAUGGACUGGAAGCAUCUCGAUGAAUACCCAUAUGGUUGGAUAGAACCAUUGAAAGAUUACAAGAGAAAGAAGCUGCCAGAGGAAGCAAAGAAGGAUAAGCUUGAAGAAGACUAG